UGUGUUUCAAUAGCACACUGAACGCACGCAAGUGUUAAAACAGCUGUUAUGUUGUUACUUUUCAUUUAUUAAUUCGGCGCAUUCUCAUUACCUAACCCAAGUAAAGAAAUAUCCAGCAAUAAGAAUGUCCUGGAUAACAAAUAAUAUCCGCAAGGCAUUAACCUGCACAACCAAUCAGCCAUUCCUCCAAAAAUGGAUUAAUGUUCCCGCAGUUAUUAUCAACACACCAACCAGUGCAGUGGGUUUGCGUCACCUUUCUUUCGAGGAGAAACGUGCCAAAGGUCCACUCAUACGCCGCUAUGGUUAUAAGGAACGUCUACAUCAACGUGGUCUGCUGCCUCACUGGGAUAAUGGACAGAAAUUGCCAAUGCCAGAUUAUCGCCCAAAAAAUGCGUGGACUGAAAAGCGUGCGCUUUUUGGUCAAAAUGAUUAUAUCGAUAUACUAGGUUCGGAUCGUCUACAUCCCACGCGAGUAUUAUAUUCAGUACCAUCAUGGUUGCGUGGUGUCUCCGGCAAUGAAUAUCAAGUGCUGCUGCGUAAACGUAAAAUGCUAUGCAAAACAAAGUAUCCGAUUGCGCGACCAACAAAGUGGAAACAACUACAGAAGCGUAUACUUUAUUUGUAUCGGUUCCUCAAUCGCAAAACGAAGACCAGUUUCUCCAAACAGUAGUGGAAAGCUUAUAAAAAUUGUGUUUAAUUGAAUGAGGAAAUGUUAUGCGUUUUGAAAAAUUUUAGUUAAAGUUUACAAUAUUUUUUAAAUAAAAUUGAAUCAUUCAAUUUUAAAUGGAAGUGUUUUAUUGUAUUUAAAUAAUAAUAAUAUUCAUAAGCGUCCAAUUGUUGACAUUGUGUGAAGUUCGUGUGCUUGAACUAAUUUGUAAAGACUCGAAAAUAUCGUGUAAGACUCGUCUAUGCGCGCAUAAUAAAUUUUUUGAUUGUCCGACAAUAAAAGUAGUCAAUGCUUUUAUUUUAAAUGUU